AUGUCGGGCUCACUACGCGCAAACCACCACACCAUAUGCAAGUUCAAGAGCCCUACAGACACUCAGUACGUAAGAGUGAGAAACACGAUCAGCCAUUUUGCUAGAGAGGCUUCACCAGCUGAAGCGCCUGCUGUCGAUGUCAUCGAUCGCAUCGAAGACAGCCAAAAGAUCGCCGCAAUUCUGGGCGUCCACGAAGAUACUGAAGACGAUCUCAAAUCCAGACACGGCAGGAUUAUGGACGGGACCGGCCAAUGGCUUUUACAAAAGUCGGACUUCACACGUUGGAAAAGCUCAGUGGGUGACCGAGCUGCUCCGGUCUUUUGGCUAUUCGGACUACCCGCGAGCGGCAAGACGGCUCUUUCCAGUAUGGUGGCACAUCACUUGAAGGACCAACAAGCGAGCUGUCAGCAUCAUUUCUUCUCGACAGGACACCAGACAAAACGAACUGCCGCAUACUGUCUUCGUAGCAUCGCUUCGCAGCUUGCUCAAAAGAGCCAACCUUUCCGAGAAGCCUUGUUCUCUUUCCAUGAUGAAACUGGCAUCAAGUUCACUUCGCAAGAUCAAAACUUUCGCACGAUAUGGGAGAAGGUCUUUGAAGGCAUUAUCUUCAAGAUUGCAUUCACACAGCCACUAUUCUGGAUAAUUGACGGAAUAGAUGAGGCCGAUUUGCACUCACUAGUCAUCAACUCUCUCCUGAGAAUACGGUCGACCACCACUAUCAAGGUCUUCCUGAGCAGCAGGCCCAUGAAGGUACCCACUGCAACUAAGGGCGAAGGAUCUCCGGUCACUGUACGCUUCUUGGCAGAAACCGAUACAGCGAGAGACAUACGAGCAUAUGUGGCCACUUCCAUACGCGAUAUCUUGGCAGCUGCCGAGACUGUUCAACAAGACAUUGUCGACAAGAUACUGGCAAAAGCUUCCGGAUCGUUCCUCUGGGUUCGUCUUUGCUUGAAGUCCCUCCGCCAAAGCUGUCAUACCCGAGAUGACAUUGAUAAGGCCUUGACCGGACUACCAGCGGGCAUGGUGGGUCUUUACGAACAAAUGCUAGCCAAGCUCCUUUCACAGCCUGAAAAGACUCAAAGCCUCGCACACAUGCUACUAUCAUGGGUCAGUUGCAGCUGGCGCCCCUUAAGACUAGAGGAGUUACAGCUUGCUCUCGAACCUACAUUCACCGGCUUUUUGAAUCUUGAAGACACCGUCAAUCAGAUCUGUGCACACUUUGUCACUACUGACAAUGAGGAUGAUCCAAAGUGGCUGCAGUCAUGGGCAAUCGAUCUCAUCAGACUUGUUGGUAAAUUUGGAUUCAUUCUCCUAGCGAAACCACCGGCAAUCUACCGAGAUAUCAUACCUUUCUGUCCGAAAGGUUCGAUGUUCACUCUUACCUAUGGAGAGCGCAAAGCGGGAGAGCUCACAGUUACUGGACUUCCUUCCGAUGGCUGGGACGAUCGCCUAGCUCGUGUCAGCGUAGGCGACGAAUACAUUGCUUCGCAGGCCCAGAAGAUCUUCAUUGGCAAGUCGACGGCGCCAGACGUUCUCGUUCGCCCCGAUGAGCACGACAUGGAGGAUGAGUCCAGCCUAGAUGAACUAAGCUUGGUCUCUAGUGAGCCGACCAUGUCUCAGAUCGACAAUACCAAGGCCUUCGUAUCGGCGAUUGCCAGUAGCGGAUCUGAUGCAUAUUACUGUUGCGGGAGGGACGAUGGCUCGGUUAUCAUCCACGAAGUUGCAAUUGGUACCCCAAUCCGCAAAGUCUACACUCACUCAUCGACCACAUCCGUACUUUGUAUGAAAUGGUCACCAUCCGGGCGAUACAUGGUAUCGAGCGACGACUCUGCUCGCGUCAUCGCAAAGCGAUUAGAAUCGAAGGCCAAGGACCAGUGGCGCGUCUACCCGGUGCUAGAUGCGCGGGUGUCAGAACCCGUACAUCAAUUCGUCUUUAGUCCAGAUGAGCAAUAUCUGCUGAUAUCGACGUCAUCAACCGAUCAGCUAUACGACACACGAUCAAAGGAGCGGCUGUGGUUCAAGGAUUGGGGAUCCAGACAGCGCCGCUGUUGGGUACAGGAUCCUCUAGAUAUGGCGUCACUCAUCUGGCUUGAGCCCCAAUUACUAACAAGCUACCAAUGGUCUACAAUGAGCAUACAAGUCAGCGUUGCGAUCGAAUCCGAGCCGGAACUAGAACCGGAAGAGUGUUCAGAGCCGCAAAAGCAUGAUCACAUCGAGAAGGUCGUGGUGUGGGCGGAAGCCGUCCCAUCAAGUGGACAGAUCUUGUACGGCACUCUACCAGCGAGCCAUUAUCAGGGAGUCGUAUCGCAACUCUCUCAUUCUGGUCUCCAUGUGGAAGCGAUAAGAAUGUCUCGCACAAUCGAAUCACGAAUCGCGUCCUUUAGACCAGAAUGCACACCAGAACUCGCUCGACGCGCGAAACGACUAGUAGGUAUCACAAAAGGAAGAGUCGCAUACUUAGACCACGACAAUCAGCUUUGUACUUGGGAUCUAGACAGCGGUAUAGAUGGCAUGCAAAAGCAUUUCUUCCUGCCGCGGGAUUGGCUCGAUACGAGCUCGUUAGAGACAGCUCUGAUCAACGAAGAAGGGACGUUCUUCUGUCCAAAGGGAGGUUACGUGGCUGUUGUUCGGAAUGGGUUAUCUUUACAUACAAUGUCAACCCCGACGCUACUAGAGGGGUUUCCCGGUGAAGCACCCUCUGCGCCUUCUACGAAACUCCGGUACGCAGACGUCGCCAUAACCGCAACCGCCAAAGAGUUCGCCGGCAUCUACCGGGGCAAACAAUACCAUGAGCCUGACUUCGAUGCCGUGCUCGACCGCGCACUGGCCGCCGGAGUAGAGAAAAUCAUGCUGACAGGCAUGUACGCAUCUGACGCGUCUUUCAACCUCGACAUAGCGCGACAUCGGCCCGAGCAAUGCAGAGUCACAAUCGGUGUUCACCCAUACCAUGCCGUCGAAGCUGAUGAGGGCGGAGAAGAAUACUACAAGGGCCUGUCCGAUAGCAUCACGACGACCAUGAUUGAAGAGCCCCACCUCCUAGCCGCUUUCGGAGAGCUCGGCCUCGACUACGACAAGCUGGCCGAAGCCCCAAAAGACGUUCAGAUACGCGUGUUCAAGCGCCAGCUCGAUAUGAUUGUGAGCGCGGGAUGGAAACUACCCCUCUUUCUUCACUGUCGCGCCGCGUUCGAGGAUUUCGUUGCUAUACUUGAACCUUACAUGGACCGGCUGCCUUUACGAUCCGGCCUAGUCCACUCUUUCGUCGGUACCACAGCGCAGAUGCAGAGUUUGAUCGGUAUGGGCCUACAUCUUAGCGUCAACAACUUUGCUAUCAGAGACCGCGAUAGCUUGGAUAUGAUCAGGCAUGUACCGUUGGAUAAGCUGCAGAUUGAAACGGAUGCCCCUUGGGGCGAUAUUCAAGCGUCUAGUGACGUAGCAAAGGCGUAUUUGAAGAAAACGACAAAGUGGUCCUGGGGAAGUAAGAAGAAAGAUAAGUUCACUAUGGGCGAUAUGGUCAAGGAGAGGAAUGAGAGUUGCAAUGUGGAGAAGGUGGCGCUGGUUGUUGCGGGGAUUAAGGGUGUUGCUGUUGAGGAAGUUGCGGAGAGCACGUGGAGGAAUAGUGUUGGAAUGUUCUUUUUGCGUUAG